UUUGUUUACAGUUUUACAUCGCCGCACAUUCAUUCGAAUCGCGUGUUAGUGGUUUUCGUGGUUUUCAUUCAAACUCUCGUUUAGUGUUGAUUUUUUUCGUGUAAUUCGAACAUUUUUAUUAGUAAUGAUAUCCAAAACGUUACCGGGUGAAUGCAAGCUGCACCAUGUGCAGUUUUACAACCUCCUUCCGCGAGGGAUCAGCUGUUUUGCGAUGAAUAAUGGCAGUAGAAAGUUGGCGCUAGCGAGGGACGAUGGCACGAUAGAGAUCUGGAACCUCGCUGGAGCGCCCUUUAUGGAGAAAUCCAUUCCCGGCUACGAGAAGGUGUCGGUCGAGGCCCUGGCUUGGGUUGGCGAUCGGUUGUUUUCCGUUGGAUUGGCGGGAACCUUGGUCGAGUGGGAUUUGCGCCAGCUGGCGGUCAAGAGCACAAUCCUGGUAACGGGAAAUUCCGCCUGGUGCCUGGACGUUAGCAAGGAUGAGAAGAGAUUGGCCGUUGGAACGGAGGGAGGAUACAUCAAUAUAUAUAACGUUGAGAACAAUGAGAUCAAUUACGAGAAGAUUCUGGACAAACAGGAAGGACGGAUUGUUUGCGUCCGGUUUGACUAUAGCGGUGAUUUCCUGGUAACGGGAUCGGCGGAUGCUGUUAGAAUCUGGAACAUCAAGAAGGGCCAUGCCGUGCACAAGAUGACGACGGGUCGCUCCAGUCGGGAUAAGGAAACAAUCGUGUGGGAUGUGUUGGUGCUGAAGGAUUUUACCAUCAUCUCCGGAGACUCGCGAGGGAAAAUCAUGUUUUUCGAUGGAAACUUAGGAACGGCUAUCGAUAGCAUCCCAUCAUCUAAGGCAGAUGUCUUGUGCUUGGCGAUUGACGACCAAGAAAAAGUCCUUUAUGUGGGAGGAGUGGAACCGGUUAUCAAGUUGUAUCAACGAGUAGAAGUUACCAAAGGCAAUGAGAAGGUUAACAGUUUCGUACGAACGUUAAACAGGAGAUUCCAUACUCACGAUGUUAAAUCUCUAACCAUGCACCAUGGCAAACUAAUUUCCGGAGGAGUGGAUGGUUCCCUCAUAAUGAGUUCAUUCCCACCUCUAAUUGUGGACAAGUAUUUGCCCUACUUGGGAAGCCCUAGCAGCACUUUGGCCGUGGGCAGCCGUAUGCUCCUACUGAAAUACGUCAACUAUCUAGAGCUAUGGACCUUAGGCUCGCAAACAGUCGAAAGCGAUAAGAUCCUCCAGAUUAGAAGCAAACUGGACGAACAUAUCGUCGCCUGUUCGAUUUCCUCCGAUGGGAAGUGGAUCAUCUACUCGAGCGAUUCGACCGUUCGGUUGUUCCGAUUUGAAUACCGAAGCGGUGGUCAAUCCAGACUGAUCCGUCAGCGCGCCGUUCCGGAUCAGUUCGAACCGUGCUAUAGGGUGGAAUUUACGCACGAUUCGAAGGGAGUUUUCCUGUUUAAGGCGAGUGGAGCGAUUGAGUAUUUCACCUUCAACGAGGAGGGCGAUUUCGAUCACAAGCAAACCAUUGAAACAGGCAAAUGGUUCGCCGAUAGAGUUCACCUCACCGCAAUUUCCGAGGACGACAACUACCUGGUGUGUGCCAGCCUCUGCGGAGCAAUUGUGGUAUUCAAGCGGGAAAAGUUUGGAAAAUGGAAACGACUCACCACGCUGCCCAAGUAUAAGCUACCUGCAACGGCUAUUGCCAUCCAGCCAAACUCCCCGGUGCUGGCGGCCGUAUUCCCGGAUCACAAAAUCUUCCAGUACGAUUUCAGCGAGUACAAAUUUACCUUUUCGUCCUACCUGAAGAUGCACAUGCUCGGGGCAUCGAUCAACAAACCCGUCACCGGAAUUGUGUUCGAUCUGCGUAACGAUGACGUGAUGAUUUUGCAGCACGAUUCUAGCCUAGUGGUGUCGCAGUUUGAGGAGACCGAAGCCGACCAUACGCAACGUAAGCGUAGAAACUCCGGGAAGGGAAGUGCAGAUGAAGAGGAUGGUGCCAGCCCUAGCCGGAGGUACAGUUUGAAGGUGCUGAAAGCAUACACACGGUUAGUUAGCAGUUGUUGGCUGGGAAACGACGAGCUGGUGGUCGUGGAAGCGAAUCCACUUUCGAUGGUCGAACAUUUGCCACCGGCUUACCGAAGGAAGGUGUUCGGAACGGCUUAGAUUAGGUUGAAUAUAAAAGUUUAUUGAUUGAUCCAA